AUGGUAGUCCACAUCCAGAACUUUACCGAUGCGAGCAACUUGGAACCCCAUUGGGGGUUUGGUGGCCGGGUCGUUCCUUGCACCAACGACAAGGGUUCUUGUGAAUAUCUCGCAGAUAUCUACCACAGUCACGAUCUGUCAAUGAUAUUCUCUGGUGUCAUCUGGCUGACUAUCGCUGGCAUUUUGUUCGUCUGGACGUUAGCUCGCCGCCUGCUACCCUCCAGACGCGCCGACGAAGAGUUUCUCGUCUCAAGGCGACAAGUCUCGUCUCCAAGCGCAUUGACUCGAUUCAAGCAUGCCACCCUGGCGUACUCACGUCGCUGCCUUCUACCAGACUGUGCGAGACCCAUCUUCGGACGCACCACACGGUACCAAGUCUUUGUGCUAUUCUCCCUCUUCAGUUAUGUCACAAUCUUUACCUUCGUUGGCAUCACGUAUCAGAUCUGGAAAACGCCUGUAAAGAAGUUUCCUGGCCUUUUCAACACACGUUCGGCCUUGGGUCCGUUCUCGGAUCGUAUCGGUGUAAUGGCUUACGCUCUCACACCUCUGUCCAUCCUACUCUCUAGCCGGGAAUCUAUGCUUUCUGUCAUGACAGGUGUACCCUACCAGAGCUUCAACUUCCUCCAUCGAUGGCUUGGCUAUAUCAUCCUUAUCCAAGGCGCUAUCCACACCUUUGGCUGGUGUCUCAUUGAAGGCAAGCUCUACCAGCCUCAGCCAGCUGUAGCCAAAGGCUUCUUCCCGCAGACGUAUAUCGUGUGGGGUAUUGUCGCUAUGCUGCUCAUCAUACUCCUGUUCGUUCUCAGCACGCCUUGGGCAAUUCGCAGAACUGGAUAUGAGUUCUUCCGAAAAACUCACUACGUUCUGGCUAUGCUGUAUGUAGGAGCUUGCAUUGCGCACUGGAAGAAGUUGUCUUCCUUCUUGAUCCCUUCCCUGAUUGUUUGGAUCCUUGACCGUGGCGCCCGCCUCAUACGUACUGCUAUUCUGCACCACACCAUUUUGCCGAACGGCGAGACCAGUUUUGGACCUUCCCAAGCUACCACAAAACUCUUCCCAGAUUCUGUCAAUGGCGAUGUUGUCCGUCUAGACUUCACCCAUCCUCAUGACGCAUGGGCCAUUGGUCAACACUUCUACUUAUGCUUCCCUCAAGGAAGCAUCUGGCAGUCUCAUCCGUUCACCCCUUUGAGCCUUCCUAUCCAUGACGAGAAGUCUUGUGGUGUCCAGCACUCGUACAUCUUCCGCGCCAAGUCAGGCGAGACGAAGAAGAUCGCGCAGCUAGCAGCCGCCAAACUCAAUGCGGCCGAGAAGGACGCUCUGCCGUUGACAUCGGUCAUACUGACAGGACCGUACGGCGAGUCCACCACUACCCACUUGACCCAGGAAGUGAAUAUCCUCUGCAUCGCUGGCGGUACUGGUAUCACCUACGUGCUCCCCGUCCUCUUGAACCUCGCCCAACAACCCAGAUCUAUUGACAGAAAAGUCACUCUUGUAUGGGCCGUCCGUCAAAAGGCAGAUCUGGCCUGGGUGGAACCUGAGAUGGCUAUCAUCAGACAACUUGCCAAGUCAAUCGACAUCACCAUCCGCAUCUUCGUUACGAGAGAAGCAGAGGGUCAGUUGAGCAUGAACUCCUCCAAGUCAAAGAUCACAGAUCCCGAGUCAAAGUCGGGAGCAGAGACAACAGCCACUGAGAUGCCUCAACUAUCGGAUUCGUCGUCAUCCACAGCCAUCCCAGCAUCAAACCCGCAUGCCGAACCAGAGCACAGACACCCCGAGCUGAACCUCAUCGUCAACGAAUUCAUCGACAACACCGUCUUUGGCAGAACAACCGUGUACGCCAGUGGUCCUGGAGGCAUGAUCUCAGAUCUGAGAAGCAUUGUUGCGAAAUGCAAUGAUGGCGCAAAAGUAUGGCGUGGUGAGGAAAGAUACGAUGUUGAGCUUGUUUGUGACGAUCGUUUGGAAUGGUAG